GGCUGACUUUUACAAUGGAUUGUAACCACUGAAGAGUGUACCACUCAAUUGAUUGUCGUAUCAUAAAACACUUGUGAUACGACUUACUUGCAUAACAGAAGCUUGAGAAAUAUACACGAUCAAGUAGUUUCAUUUUCAUCUGGCAUUCUCAUUAUAACUUUACCCUGGGACACAUAUCAUAAAGGUUUAUUUACAUAUCGUGUGUAUACUUAUUGUAAAAUCAGUGUAUUGCGUGAUGUGAUUAUUCGGACUUAUAAAUAACCACUUCAAAGGGUCAAUUACAAUGAGGAUUCCGAGGAAUUUAAAUAUUUCAAUACAUCACGGAAGGAGUUGACUAACCUCAAAAAUAUCAUUUUUAAAUUGUUAACAUGGAUAACGGAAGACAACGAGCCCAUUCUGCUUCAUCUCUUAAGUCUUUACAUAUUUACGGUCCGUCAUCAAAGUGGACCAAACGACAGGCUCGAAGUACACCCGAACUUCGACUUUAUAUGCAACAAUCAAUGCUGAGUGGAUUAAAUACAACAGUACCUCAAAGUUUAAUACCUCAGGAUUUUGCAAAAACACACAAACCAAAGACACGAUCAUCAAAACGGAAGGGAUGUUGUAAUGGGAAUUUCUGUCGUUCUUGUUGCUCACUCAGACUGUUUCUGGUUUUCUGGCAGUUGAUAUUAGGAGCAGCAAUCACAGCUAUGUCAUUCUACUUAUAUUAUUAUGUGUCCGAUUCAUUAAAGAUUAGAGACACUCCAUUCUGGGCUGGAAUACCGUUAUUUGUGGCCGGUGCACUAGGGAUAUAUGUUUGUGCAAAUGACUAUGAAAACUACAUAGGUAGCUCGAAAAACUUUGCAUUAAAGGGAUGCUGUUUUGUUCUUACGGUAAUCUGCAUAUUUGUUUGCCUGGUUGCCAGUACAUUCCCUGUCAUUCAUAUUGUGAAAAUGUACAAAUACCACCAUUGUGAAAAUUUGAACAAUGACUGUCUAUGUUACGGAUCUCCAGAUCCUCUAUCCAGACAAUACACGUACAGAGAACUGGGCAGCUGUGACACCUUAUAUUGUUUGGUUAAGAUAUUCUUUAUAGUAGAAAGUGGAUUGUGUGCUUUAGGAAGUGGCAUAUCUUUUUGGUUUGCAAUUUUACUUUGGAAAUCGAAAUAUGGGGGGAUAUACUCGGGAAUAAGAUACUCUUUCAGUUCGCACACAAAUGGAAAUAUCGACCAUGUUUGAUGAAAUACUUAAUAUGGAUAGUAUUUCAGAUUUAUAUAAUCUAGUCAAUCGGUAUUCAGUUUGAAAAUAAGAUUGCACCGGUGAACCAACAACACUAGGUGAUAAAAAUAUCUUCUUGAAUUCAAUCUUCUAUACAGUAGGAUUUAACUAUUGCUAUAUAUAAAACGUCUAUUGCACCGGAUAAAAAGUUUGGACAGUAAUUCACAAUGUAAACCAUUUCUAUCUUAAUCAUCAAACGGCAGAACGGUUAAUGGGCACACUUGUAAGAAAAAAAUAUACCUUUUAUUUUCUGCAUAACUUUAUUCUUGUUUGAGGUGUGCAUGAGCUCAACGUUAACGAGACAGCAACUAAAAAAUACAUGUUUACUUAAUUAUAUAGACAUCACGUUUAACUUAAUCGAAGACUUCGUCGGUGGAUUUACAUGCAUUGUCCAAAAUUCUAUAGACAUACAUGUAUUUUAAUGAAAACAAAAGACACGACCUUGAUCCGAUACCAGCAACAAAUCCAUAAAAAAAACACAAAAACAGCGACAGACACUGGAGUGAUUCAUAAUAGACACAUGUACAUUGUGAUUAGGUUAACAUAAUUUUUGUGAAUACUCAACCCUCCUCCUUUACCUCAAACCAAAGAAAGGUUGACAGGGUUUUGAAAAUAUAAGUCACACGGAAUCUCCCAUUCGCGCAUCCGACAGUAAAACGUUUCUUCACCUUUCAGAAUCCUAACAUCAACUCUAAGGAGUCCCUAAAAGGUUUGAUACAAAAUAAAAUUUCUGUCCCUAUCCAACAUAGCCUGUUUUUCCAGAGGCAGUACAAUUUAAAUUCCUUGUCCUUCAGUCGACCCAUAUUGCAGAAUAUUUCUUUUCAAUAUAUUAUUUAUUCGGUCUAGACCGAAAUAAGCAUCAAAUGCUUGCCACUGGACGUUCGUCAAUCAAUCAAUUUUCUACCUCGAUAAAUAAAAGAAUAAAUAAGCAAUCAGCCUCAGUCAAACACUCAGCCUUUUGUCGUACUUGAUUGUCAUGUCGUAUCAGGGGACUUAAGCGGACCUGGUAAGAAUAACAACAAUCAAAUUUUCAUUUAAAUAUAAAAGUAAGAAGAUGUGGCAUGAUUGCAAAUGAUACAACUCUUUAUCAGAGAACAAAAUGACGUAGAAGUUUACAACUAUAGACAGAGACAUAUAUACAUAUAUGUCUCUGCUAUAGGUCACCGUACGGCCUUCAACAAUGAGCAAAACAAUAGCGCAUAGUAAGCUAUAAAAGACCCUGAAUUGACAAAUUCAAACGAGAAAAAUAUCAACCCCCCCCCCCCUGUCUUCCCCCUAUCCUGGGACAGUGGUGUAACAGCACAACAUAAAACAGAUACUAUAAAAUUCAUUCUAAAAGUUCUUUACUCAUCAGAGACAAUCACAAUAACAACUAACAUAAUCACAAAGUAUAGAUCUGAGAGUAUUUGCAUUUACUGAAAGCUAGUUCAAAGCCAAUGAGAACUAUUGAAAAAAUUCAUGUAUCCAAGACUAAAAUACCAAUCAGUUCACAUCCAACAUACAAUAGAUUUAGUGGAAAGACGUCAUAACCAGUCAGAGUUUUUCUUGACCAUGUGCAAUGCUAAACUCCAUAUACCAAAUGUUAUUACCAAUACAUUUGUGAUCUAAAAUUCUCCAACUGUUACUGAGGAACAGUUCUGAUCAUGAAAACUAUGCCAAGGCCACAUGAAAUAUGUCAGACAGUCAUAUAAACUCUUUACGACAUUUCCAUUGUGAUUCUAAAAGAGGUAGGAUAAAUUUCUCCUGUAUUUGUUUAACCCUCAGUUUCAAAAUCUACAAAUAUUCAAAUCCUACAGGAAAUUAAAAACCAGUAUCGAAGAAUCUAUAAAAUAUACGUAUCAUCUGGUUCAUUUCCAUGUGUCAAUCUUGAUAUUAAUAGGCUCACAAGUUUGACCUUUCUUAAAAGGUGUGGAAUGAUUCGCUCUAUCCUAAUUUAAGGUAAUAUGUGUGCAUGUGGCUGUUGACUUAGUAUUGGAAAUGUGGUAUUUUUAGAUAUUGAUUGAUAUAAAAUGGAUUUCUAACACUUUGAAUAUCAAUUUUUGUAUAUAUAUUAAGAUGAACUUUUCUGAAAUUUUAAACUGGCUGUUCAGUGUUGUGCGUUAUACACACAUGCUUUUAAAAUUUUGUUCACUUUACUUGUUGAAAAUUUAAACAUUUACAAAUAGACACGACUCUGGAGGUGUGCCUAGAUUGGCAGAAGUUAUAAAAUAUAGAUAAUGCAUUUUUGUAAACAUUGUAUAGGAACAUUGUUUAGCAAAACAAAUCGUGCAUAUUGCAGAUUAACAAAGCAAAUAAACACUUAUAAUAAUUGAUAUUUCAAUAUUGAAUUUCAGUGUGCAAUAUAUGUAUAAUAAAACGAACAUGAAUUAAUGACA